UCGCGAGAAGUAGCACAGCGGGCAGCGAUGGCGGCGGCGGGAGCCGGAGCCGGGGCAGGCACGGGGCAGCCGACUUCAGCGGCGGGAACCGAAGAGGGAGAGGCGCCACCGGCAGCAGCGAUUGUCGCCGCCCCAGCUGGAGAGGGCACGUCGGCAGCACCUGCCGCGGAUCCGAACUCCGGGGAGGUCGAAAGCGGGGAUUCUACCUUGGUUGAUGUAACUGCUGGUUUGGAGACUGAAUCCUCAAAUGGAAAAGAUACAUUAGAAGGAGCUGGGGACAGUUCAGAAGUGAUGGACACUCAGACUGGUUCUGUGGAUGAAGAGAAUAGUCGGCAGCUGGGAGAGGUGGAGCUGCAGUGUGGGAUAUGUACAAAGUGGUUCACAGCAGACACCUUUGGCAUUGAUACCACGUCCUGCCUACCUUUUAUGACAAACUAUAGUUUUCAUUGCAAUGUGUGUCAUCACAGUGGGAACACCUACUUCCUCCGAAAGCAAGCAAACUUAAAAGAAAUGUGCCUUAGUGCUUUGGCCAACCUGACAUGGCAGUCCCGAACACAGGAUGAACAUCCUAAAACCAUGUUCUCCAAAGACAAGGAUAUUAUACCUUUCAUUGAUAAAUACUGGGAGUGCAUGACCACCAGACAGAGACCUGGGAAAAUGACUUGGCCCAAUAACAUUGUUAAAACAAUGAGUAGAGAAAGGGACGUAUUUUUGGUGAAGGAACAUCCAGACCCUGGAAGUAAAGACCCGGAAGAAGAUUACCCCAAAUUUGGGCUCUUGGAUCAGGAUCUUGGUAAUAUUGGCCCAGCUUAUGACAACCAGAAGCAAAGCAGCACAGUGUCUACUAGUGGAAAUUUAAAUGGUGGAGCCUCUUUUGGAGGCGGAAUUGCAGCAGGAAGUAGUGGAAAAGGAAGAGGAGCCAAGCGCAAACAGCAGGAUGGAGGGACCACAGGAACAACCAAGAAGGCUCGAAGUGACCCCUUGUUUUCUGCUCAACGCCUUCCCCCUCAUGGCUAUCCAUUGGAACACCCAUUUAACAAAGAUGGCUAUCGGUAUAUUCUCGCAGAACCAGACCCUCAUGCCCCAGAUCCUGAGAAACUGGAACUGGACUGUUGGGCUGGGAAGCCUAUUCCAGGAGACCUCUACAGAGCAUGCCUCUAUGAACGAGUUUUGUUAGCACUUCACGACCGAGCUCCUCAGCUAAAGAUCUCAGAUGACCGACUGACUGUGAUCGGAGAGAAGGGUUAUUCAAUGGUUCGAGCCUCACAUGGAGUUCGGAAAGGUGCCUGGUACUUUGAGAUCUCAGUGGAUGAGAUGCCUCCAGAUACAGCUGCCAGGCUGGGCUGGUCCCAGCCUCUCGGUAACCUCCAAGCUCCUCUGGGCUAUGACAAAUUCAGUUAUUCAUGGCGGAGCAAGAAGGGGACCAAGUUUCAUCAAUCCAUUGGCAAACGCUACUCAUCUGGCUAUGGUCAAGGCGACAUACUGGGGUUUUAUAUCAAUCUUCCUGAGGAGACAGAAACUGCCAAGUCUUUGCCUGACACCUAUAAAGAUAAGGCUUUGAUAAAGUUCAAGAGUUACUUAUAUUUUGAGGAAAAGGAUUUUGUGGAUAAAGCUGAGAAGAGCCUCAAGCAGACUCCCCAUAGUCAAAUAAUAUUCUACAAAAAUGGUGUCAGCCAAGGAGUGGCCUACAAAGAAAUUUUUGAAGGGGUCUACUUUCCUGCCAUUUCAUUGUAUAAAAGCUGCACGGUUUCUAUCAACUUUGGACCCUGCUUCAAGUAUCCCCCAAGAGAUCUCACUUACCGCCCUAUGAGUGACAUGGGCUGGGGGGCCGUGGUGGAGCACACACUUGCUGAUGUCUUAUACCAUGUUGAAACAGAAGUAGACGGAAGACGGAGUCCCCCAUGGGAGCCAUAGCCAGGUUUCCCUGGUCUUGUUUGUCGUCACUGUUCUGUGGAACGAAACUGGGUGUGUUAUGUACUUCCGUUUUUUUUUUUAACAGUUUCAGAUGUCCUCGCCUUGAAAGGGACCAUGCAGAGCGCAGCACCUCCUUUCUCAAGUUACAGGGUUAGGUUAGCAGUGCAGGGCAGGGACGGGCAACCCCUGUCCUCUACCCUUGUUUAUGGAUGAGUGCUCUUCAUCAGUGUACCAUGCUCUAAAACUGCUGACUCUUCAAAAUCCAAUGAGCUUCCUGUGAAAUUGGUGCUGUGCCACUCGUCAUCAGAUCUCAGGCUGCUCUUCCAACCGCUUUUCUAACACUGAGGGAGUUGUCUCUUCCAAGCUGCUUUCAUGUUUAAAAACAUUUCCAUAUGUGGAUAUCAACUCUGUCCCGUUCUUCAGAUUUCUGCAAGGGGCAGCCGUUCCAUUUCCAGGAGCAACUGAAUUAGUGGUCCCUGCCGAGGAGCCUUGUGCUCCAACAGCUCUAAAAACUAUUCAUUUUUUGUGUGUUUUUUAAUUUGUAAAUAGUUUUCUUAUAUAAGGAUCUCUGAAAUGCCAAAACAGCCAGAUGCAUGAAACUGUAAUUGUGAAAGACACUCUUGCUUGUGACUUUUAAGGAGUAAUAACCAGUCUGAAAUAAAACUUGAAAAUGAGUUUGUUUGGCACUUUGUGUCUCUCUCUUAGACUAGAUCUGUGGAGCACGGUGCCUUUGACUCCCUUCCAGCAGGUCAUGGAGACUCAAGCAGUCUAGGGUAAGAGAGGUGCCAUUUGGAGGGAAAUGAGAGAUUUUGACUUCAGUCUUUUGCUAUAGUACUACUUUUUAGCCAACCUGGCUUCCUGUACUUUCAGAACAAAAAGGUUUCCAUUUCAUUUAUUCAGCCUUUGUCAAGAGCCUACCUUGUACAAUAUAGUAUGCUAUUCUUGGGGGUUAAGUUAAAGACGUGGUCCCUGCUUUCAAGCAAUAUAAAAUGGGUAGGAAUGAUGAAGUACAUAAAUAACUGAAAUACAAAUUAGAGUAUGGCAAAUGCAAAGGAGAAAUAGAAUGCUAUGCAAUUCAAUGAGGAAGAAGUCAUUGAGAGAUCUCAGCUAAGCUAGAUAGAGGAGAUGAAAUUUGAGGAAGACUUUAAAGGAUAGACUGAAGAUUUUUAAUGGUGAUCAGAGGAAAUAGGAUACAGUAUGAGCAGUGGUGUGGGUGUGGGAAAGUAGAUUAGAACUAGAAUAUGAAAAGCCUUGAAAGCCAGACUCUUAAAUCUGAAUUAUAUUCUGUAGGCAGCAAAGAAUCAUCAAGAUUUUUGAUCAGUGAGGUAACAUGAUCAGACCUCUGCACUUGGAAAAUAAAGCUAGUAAUGAGACAUAGGCUAGAUUGGAGUAGGAAGAGAACAGAGCUAUGGAGACUAGAAAGGAAGCGAUUGUAGAGUUUAGGAAGGGGUGGACGGAAUACUACAUACAUUACCCUUUAUUUCCUUUGCACAUUGGGCUUUGUUACAUUUAUCUGUUGUCCUAUACCAAGUUUGCCUUCCUUUUUGAGAGUUGAUGAUUAAAUGGCAGUUUGCCAGUGUACUUGAAUAAAACUAAACCAGAGGCGAAUGUGA